GCUGCCGCACUCUCCCAGUCACGUGGUGAGCGUCUCCGAGUGAGUGUACUCCUCUCGCCGCAGGUGUAAAUCCCACAUACACACAGGCACUCAUUCACUCACACUUGCCACAAUGCGCAUACGCACAUCUUCCCCUCACCCAGCGUGUGUCUAGCAGUGCUACACCCGUGAGAAGGGCAACCCAGCCGAGCAGCGACUCCAGGCGUCUAGUGUGUUGUGGUGGCGGUGCGGGGGCUUCGCCCUCACCACGUGUGUGUGUGUCUGCAACACACACACAUGCUCCUCGCGCACCCGCCUCGAGGACCAGCCCGCGAGGCCUGGGUUGUGAGAGCUGCUGCUGCCACGUGUGACGAGACCAGAGUCUGCCUGCCACAGGUGAUAACUCUAGACACACCUGUUUACCGGUGACUUGUUGCACGGAUCAUUGCACCAGUGCGAUUCAAAUAAAGUGAACUCAAUGUUGUGCGAGAGCAUUGCUUUCGUGAUUGACUCUUGAGGCUAGUGAGACCAUGUGUGUGGCCAGGUGAGUGUGAGUGAGAGUAGAGACUAUGCAAGUGAAGGUGCAGGUGGCGGUGCUGCUGGUGGUGGGGGUCGUCCUCAUCGCCGGCAGCAUCGUCUUCCAGAGGUGUUUCUCGAGGGUCUUCAACAAGAUGCUCUCCAACAAGCUCCUCCUCGUCCCUGGGUCAAAGACGCUGGAAUCCUUCAAAUCUCCGCCCGUCCCAAUCUUCAUGCAAUUUUAUUUAUUCAACGUGACCAACAGCGAGGCGGUGCUGGAGGGGGCGGUGCCAGUGCUGCAGCAAGUAGGACCCUACACCUUCGAGGAGAAGCAGCUCAAGUACAACCUCACCUUCAAUGACCAGGAAGGCUCCGUUACUUAUGUUCAAAAUAAGACAUUUUAUUUCCGGGAAGACUUGUCGAAGGGUUACAAGCUGAGCGACCACGUGACUACAAUUAAUGCCGUAAUGAUGACAUUGGGGGCUAAAUUCGAGGCCCUGAAACCUGCCCUUAAAGCCCUGAUAGAAAUUUGGUUUGUACGUUUCGAGGUGAAACCCUUUAUCACGAAACCAGUCGGGGAACUUCUCUUUUACGGCUACGACGAGCCCUUGUUUAAAGUGCUCGCGCCGAUGACCAACGAUCCUGUUCAUGUUACAGGUAAAUUCGGCUUCUUUUACCCGAAAAAUAACUCCAACGACGGUACUUACACGGUGUACACGGGGGUGAAUGGCAUGGCCGAGUACCAGAACAUCGUCAGAUGGCGAGGGAAAGAGAAUAUCGAAUUCUGGAAGGAGGACGCGUGGGGCGGCAACUCCUGCAAUAUGAUCAAUGGCACCACUGGCAACCAGUUCCCUCAGCCCGUGAGUAAGACUAAGCCGCUGCGGCUCUACACGGCGGAGCUGUGUCGCUCUAUCUACGCUGUGUACCAGAAGGAAGUGAGGCACGGGCACCUCACCCUUUACCGCUAUGUCCUGCCUCCUGAACUUCUCGCCGACAACCUAGAGAACGAAUGUUAUUGUACCGAUAAGUUCACCUGCCGCGCCUCCAUGAUCAACGUAGCUCCGUGCAGGAAAGGAGCCCCUGUGGUCAUGUCCACCCCUCACUUCUAUCAAGGAACACCAGAAGAUGCCCAGGAAGUGGUCGGUUUGAACCCUCAAGAGCACGAACACGAGACUUACCUGGACAUAGAGCCCACUACGGGAGUCACAUUCCGCGCCGCCAAGAGGAUUCAGGUGAACAUCCCUCUACGUCGAUACAGCAACCUACCCACCUUCAGGAGCGUCCCGGACGUCAUCCUGCCGGUGCUGUGGGUGAACGAGAGUGUGGAGGUGCCUCUGGAACGCACCGUUGCUCUCCAUCGUACUCUCACCCUUCCUUUCACUCUCGUCGACGUAGCCACGGGGCUUCUAGUGGCCUUGGGGGCUACACUUAUCUUGGUAGCCGCAGUUAAGGCAGUUUUAGCGCUUAGACACAGAUCUUCGGACCCGAAGAAGAAGAAAAAGAGUAAAGGAGAGGAGAAGGAGAAGGACAAAAGCCUGACAGAGAAGCUGAACGAUGAGAGCUAUAACUGAAGAGUGUGUGUUCAAGUAGUUAAUAUAUUUCAGUGCAGUGUUGACGUAGAGAGACGGCAGCAGCUGUUCAUCAGUGCCAUCUAGGGUGUAAAAUCGCAGUGUUUCCUGUGUUGCUACUAGCAUGGUUAUGACGCGUGUGUGAACCUUUGACUUACGUAGUUCCUGGCAACGUGACUGUAAAUAGAUGAAGACUUUGUGCCCAAAGUACCCAACUCGUGUUAUUGAACGGAAAAGUUAUAUAGAAACAGGAUAGCGCGUAGUCUAUACACACCAUUUUUUGUUAAAUAUAUAGAUAAAACAAUAUCUGAGGCAAGUUCCCUUUCAGUUGUGGUGGGGAAGGACACAGGUGUCUCCAGGUCACCCGCUAAGGUUGCCACGCUUUAGAAACUGAUAGUGACCUGUGUGUGACCAAUAUCAGAGAUUGUGUGCUAAGAAUGCACCGUAAAGUGAAUAUCAAUAUAGUGUCGUCCUCAAGUGUAGCUGUACAAGAGUCUAUAGGAGCGGAAUCCCAGCCCAACUUGAUCAGUCCUCAACCAUGUUUACUGAUAGACAAAUAAAGUUGUCUAUCCUUU